AUGCGGACCUCAAUUUUCACACUCCUGCUAGCGCCCCUGGCGCAGGCCGCGUCCUCAGUUAUCCUCGAAGAAGCGAAAAGCAUCCCAUCUGGAUGGACAUUUCUCGGGAACGCCAACGCCUCAGACACACUCACUCUCUUCGUCGCGCUCCAUGAACCCGGUAUUGACGCGCUCAAGAGUAAACUCCACGCCCGCCAACAGCCCGGUCAUCCUUCAUUCGGGAAACACCUCAGCCGCGAGGAAGUCAAUGAGCACCGCGAACCGUCGGAGGAUGUCCACCGUGCGGUAUCAACAUGGUUGAAGUCGGGGGGUGUUCAGGAGAUUCAGGACCAGGGGAGUCUGCUCAGUUUUGAGGCGUCAGCUGGGACGGUUAAGACGCUGUUUCAGGCUGAUUUGGGGUACUAUCGGCAUGAGGAUAGCGAGCGUGCGCCGGUGUUAAGGGCGCGGUCGUAUCGUGUGCCGGCGUCAUUACGGGAGUCGAUCAGCUUUGUGCAUCCGCUAUCGAGUUUCAUGCCACCCAGGGUUGGUAAAAGCGAGAGGGAAUCUCGAAAGAGCACGGCCACCACGCAGCAGCAAGGAAAUGCAGCGGCACUGAAAGCGGCCACAUCUGGCGAUGAGCCUGAGGAAACAUCAACAGACGAGGUCUGCACAUCCACCACCCUCACGACCUCAACCCAGACUAAAGCCACCACCUCACAACCCACCCUCUGGUUCCCCAGCGACCCCGACCCCUCAAACCCCUUCCCUAACGAACCCUGCCUAGUCGCCACCGUCCCCGACUGCAUCAAACAACUCUACAACAUCAGCUACACCCCGACCAACACCUCCGCUCCCUCCCCCGUCCGCCUCGGCGUAGCCGGCUUCCUCGAGCAAUACAUCCUCCACUCGGACGUCUCCUCCUUCCUAACCACCCUCGCCCCGACCCUCCCCCCAACCUACAACUUCACCAUCUCCCUCCACCACAACGCCACCAACCCCCAAGACUCCCCCCACCACGCGGGCCUCGAAGCCUCCCUCGACAUCCAAUACGCCCUCGCCCUCGGCUACCCAACCAACGUAAUCUACUACCUCACCGGCGGCCGGUCCACACAACUCGACCCAGCCACGGGAACCGUCCUCCCCAUCUCCCAAACCGAUAACGAACCCUUCCUCGAACUCCUCACCGACUUACUCGCUCUCCCGGACUCGUCCAUCCCUCACGUCCUUAGCAUCAGCUACGCCGACGACGAACCCUCCGUGCCUCGCGCAUACGCCGAGCGCGUAUGCGAUCUCUUCGCGGCGCUUACCGCGCGGGGGACUACUAUCCUCGCUGCCACGGGUGAUGGCGGGGCAGCGGGAACGGGGAGAUCUCAAUGUUUUGAUCGGGAGACACAGCAGAGACGGUUGGUGCCUACUUUCCCUGCGGGGUGCCCCUAUGUAACUGCUGUCGGGGCAACAGAGAAUGAAGCGCCGCCGUUGAAGGGGGCUGUUUUCAGCGCAGGGGGUUUUAGUGAGUAUUUUUCCCGACCGGAGUGGCAAGAUCAAGCCGUGGGGGGGUAUCUCGCUGGGACGGGAAACGUGACGGUGCCUGCGACGGAAUUGUUUAAUUACACCGGGCGAGCGGUGCCGGAUAUUAGUGCGAUUGGAGCAGGGUUUCAGAUAGUGAUGGGCGGUGGACCGGCGCAGGUGUUGGGGACGAGUGCGAGCACGCCGGUGAUGUCGGCGAUGGUGGCGUUGGUGAAUGAUGCGAGGAUGAGGGAGGGAAGGGGGAGUUUGGGGUGGUUGAAUCCGAGGUUGUAUGAGCUGGCGGGUAAGGGGGAACUUGGGUUGAGGGAUGUGGUGGAGGGGGAGAGUGCGGGGUGUCGGUUUCCGGGGCAGGUGGCGUUGUCGGAGGGGUGGAAGGCUGGGGAGGGGUUUGAUUUGGUUACGGGGUUGGGGGUGGUGGGGGAUUUUGGGGUUUUCUUGGAGGCGUUGAUGGAGGAUUGA